AUGAAAUACCUCAGUGCGAGCCAGAGGCACGAAUUGGCGGGCGAUUAUUUCGCCCCGGAGGGCCUGUAUGAGUAUACGAAGAGUCUGCCCUUUGUCGGUCAAGUGAAGAGCAAUGCGACCUCCAUUGUCGCUGGCGAGUGGACCGAAAUCAUCAUGGACUAUGAAGUUGGUGCGUCGGGACUUGCGGAUGGGGCAUGGAUAAAAGCAACCUUCAAGUUCUAUUCUGACUGGGCCCUGUUUCAAACGUCAGAUCCCACAAAGGACAACUAUAUCAGCGCUGAAUAUGUACCGAACAAGCUGUUCCCGGGGCAGACCCCGGCCACGGUGCAGUCGCUGGGAAUCCGGUUUGAUCAGAAGGGCCAUGAGAGGCCGUUCCAGAAGGCCGUCAUUGUCGACAUUCACGACGGCUAUCUGAAUCCUGGUGAUAGGAUUUUGAUUCGCCUCGGCGAUCGCCGAUUCGGAAGCAGAGGGACACGAGCGCAGACUUUCGUUGAGAAGGACUUUCGCUGGAGGUUCUACAUUGACCCCGUUGGGACCUCCCGGUUUGCACCUAUCCAGCCUGACAUAUCCUGGAGUAUCACCGCGGGCCCUGUUCAUCGUGUUCAAGCUGUGUCACCGAGGCUACUCCGACCAAAUGUUCCAUUCGCGAUCCAUGCGCACGCAGAGGAUCUGUGGGGGAACGUAACGAGCGACUUGCCGGACCAUUCAUUCAACCUGCAAGUUUUAACUGAGGAUUCAACGGUCAUUAUCGACAAAGAAACCUCUGUCGCAUCGCCAGGCUGGACGAAUGCUGUUUUUUCCGACCUUGCCCUGGAAUCUGACGGUGACUAUAAAGUGCAGGUCACAUUGAGGGCUCAAGAUGGGAUAGCUUUGGCAACCAGCAGCUCCCACCUCAGCGUGUUCUCUGACCUAUCCGUUCCCAAAAUACUCUUCGGUGAUCUCCAUGUCCACUCGGACGACACCGUCGGCACCGAGUCAUCCAGCUACAACUUCUCCUACGGCCGCGAGAUCGCCGGACUCGACGUCCUCGGCUACACGGCCAACGACUUCCAAAUCACUAAAGGCCGGUGGGAUGCCACAACCGAGCUCAUCAAAUCCCUCAACGAGCCUGGCAGGUUUGUGAUAUUCCCGGGCACAGAAUGGUGCGGGAACUCCGCUGCAGGAGGCGACCACAACGUUGUCUUCCUGGGUGACCCGGAGUCUCAGCCGCCCGAGUUCCCGCUUGACAGGAAUGGCAAUGUCGCUCGCUCGUUCGAGUGGUCCGAGCAUGGCCCUAAGGAUCUUGUGCCCGGCGCUUGGCCGCUGGACGAAGUGUACUCCACGUACGCGAGGGAUGCAGACUCACACCUCCUGAUCCCGCAUGUUGGCGGUCGUCGAUGCAACCUUGCCUGGCAUCAUCCGAAACUGGAACGAUUGGUAGAAAUCGGAAGUGCCUGGGGUCAAUUCGAAUGGCUUCUGCGCGAUGCCGUGCGGAGGGGUUGGAAGCUUGGUGUUUGUGCUAACUCCGAUGAGCAUCGUGGGCGAUGCGGAGGCGGAGUCCCAGGCACAGCUGUCUUUGGGACUCGGGGUGGUCUGACUGGGAUUUUGGCUCCUCGGCUCCAGCAUCAGGAUGUGGCCAGUUCCUUGCGUAGCAGGCAGACAUUUGCAACUACAGGCCAACGACUUGUUGGGCUUGUUUCGACCAAAGACGGGUCUGUCAUGCAGGGGAACGAAGUCCAAGUACCGAGAAAACAGCCAGUGGAGUUUAACUAUCAUUUCCUAGGCGAGAAGGGCUUUUCGUCAAUCGAGGCCUUCGAUGCCACGGGCCUGAUCUGGAGUCGCAACUUUUGGACAGAAUCCACUGCACCAGCAAAGAUAUUAAGAGUUACAUGGGGUGGAGCGAGACUUUACGACCGAUACCGAGAGGCUAUAUGGAACGGACAGAUCACGCUUUCAGAUGGUGCGCGGCCGGAGAGAAUUCUUCCAUUUGGGGGACUCGAGGAUAGCCCGGAAGAUUAUGCCCGGGCAAAUGAUGGCCACAACGUGGAAUUCUCGAGCAAAACAAGCGGGGACCUGGACGGCGUGAAUAUUAUUCUACAGGGCGACAAGAAACCGUCCACUGUGACUGUUUCUGGCUCGCUCGGCGGGUAUGUUAAGGUUGGUGAUGCGCUUGCUGGGAACCCGCAUAAGCCCCAGCCGACGUUUACCAUUGAGGCAUCCUGGGAGGAGGCUGUGAAGCCGGGGGGUAAGGCGAUUGAAAUCCGUGGUGGUGCCGAAUUGUUUGUUCGUAUUGAGGCGAUUCCUGACGUGGAGUUGCCACGGCGAGUCCAAGGAGACGUGACAAUUGAGGGCCAGACAGAAGGAACUCGCGCUGUCUACUUUGUGGGUCGAGAAUGGAGCGGGGAGAAGGUUGUUACAAGUCCGAUUUUCGUGUCAUAUAUCUAG